GGGUGUUUCCAACAACUCCAGCAGAGCGGAAGUAGAUUCCCGCGGAGCCGCACAUCAACAGAACGAGUACAAAUCUGCGAUGAGUUUUGAGUGGCCCUGGCAGUAUAACUUUCCUCCAUUUUUUACAUUACAGCCAAAUGUUGACACGAGACAGAAGCAGCUGGCGGCGUGGUGUUCGCUGGUUCUGUCCUUCUGCCGUCACCGGAAACUCUACACUCUGGACGUUCUCGAGGCGCAGGAAAGCCCAGUCUUCAACAACAAGAAAAUUGAGAGAAAACUUUCAGUUGAGGCCAUACAAGUCGUUUUUGAAGAACUGAGAAAAAAAGGAAACCUGGAAUGGUUGGAUAAAAAUAAAUCACGAUGUCUUAUAAUGUGGAGGAGACCAGAGGAGUGGGGCAAACUCAUUUAUCAAUGGGUUUCCAAAAAUGGCAUGGUCAACUCAGUGUUUACACUUUAUGAACUCUCUAAUGGAGAUGACACAGAAAAAGAAGAGUUCCAUGGAUUGGAGGAUUGGAUGUUGCUGCGUUCACUGCAGGCCCUGCAGGCUGAAGGGAAGGCAGAAAUGAUCACUAUGGAUGAUGGAAAAGGUGUCAAGUUCUUUUAAAUCAGGCUUUCUCAAAUCAGACUUUGGGGAGGUGUUGGGUUUCUGUCAGCCCAGCCGAAUCAUCUUUUGUCUCAGUCCACUUGGGAUCUUUUUUGGACUCUAUAGUACACUCCACUACUAAAUCAGUAAGUCAUUAUUUGGCACAUGAGCCCAAACUAAAUUGUUGAAGCAUGUAUAAAUUGGUGGUUUUACACCUGAUGUUUGAGCAGACUAAAGAAACCGAGAUUUUGUUCCUAGCCAUUAUGCAUACAAAGUAAAAUGUCAGACCAAAACUAAGGAAUAGAAGUAUAUUAAUGUAGACCCAGACUAAACAUAAGUUUUUAUUCCACUCCUUUUAUUGCUGUAAAUCCUGAAGGACUCUCGUUCUACUUGAAUAUUUGAACCACAAAGUCAGAAAACGGUCUGCUUAUCUGACACGGUUUUUUGCAAGUCCUGCGAUGCUUCCUGGCUAAGAUGAAAUGUUCUUGAGUAAAUGUCUUGUUCCUGAUGGCAGUGGAAUUCAUAUCAAUAUUUUGCUGAAAUCUGGUAGCAUUCUCUCCUUUUCCCCGGUUGUCACUGUAUCUUAUCACCUUUUAUACCAAUACUGUACAAAUAAAUGAGAGAGACGUUUUCAGUUCUUUCCUGCAAA